CUCAGUCUAGACAAUUGGAUCCACCUCAAAAUCACAAAACCCUCGAACGAGCGAUACGAAUUCCCGGAUUCCGUGCUCCCUGGCUCAACGGCAGACGCGAGCACCGACCCGACCACAACCAGCAUCCGCUUCAACUGCACGGCGUCGCCCUUCACGCGCUCCGAAGUACAAACCUCUGUCGCCUCGCAGCCCCUCAUAUUCGAGUCUCAGUACAUGCACGUAAAGACCGACCUGCCCGCAAACGCGAACCUCUAUGAAAUCGGGGAGCCUCACACCGACACGUUCCGCCUGCCGAUGCACAACUUCACGCGUACGAUGCAGUCGCGCGACGCGCAAGGGGUCCCGCAGGAGAACAAGCUUUACGGGAACAACCGGAUCCACGUUGAGCACCGCGCGACGAGCACGCACGGGUUUUUCAUUGCGAACUCGAACGGG